CCAAGAUGCAGGUGGGACUAUCGAGCGAUGGUCCCCGGGAAUUGGAAAGAAAAAACGAAAAAGGCUCCCGCGCGACACUUCGGGGGAUGUUUGCGCCAACGUCGACGAUUUCUAUUCUGAUAUGGAUUCGCCGAUUUCGAGUAAAGCUCCAUUGCGAAAUAGACUGGCUCCAGACACUGUCGGGCUUACCACACCGAAGUUGGCGCCGCGGGCACAGACAUCCCCCGCUGGCAGGUCCGAUAUCGAACUUGAUCUGGAUUUGUCUCCGUCGAAGUACAGUUUUUUCCCGGAGCCAGUUUCGGAUCAUCCUCGUGCUAUGGGUGGGGGCGGCACGGGAUACGAUCUUAUAGCCGCAAAGGACAUGAUUUGGUUUCUCAACAGGCGGAUACCACACAAGCACGCGUACUCACUACAUCUGGGAAACAUCUCAAUCUACUGGUUUUGGCAGUAUCCUCUAUUUGAUUUAUUUAUCCUUGCUCUAAUAUUAAACAGCCUCGUCAUAUUAAUGGUCAGAUCAGAGAAGCAGGAUAGCAGUUCCUCCUUCUCCACCUCUCUGACAAUUCGACAGGUUCGGUGCUAAGUUUUGUCGAUAUUUAGUGCGGGCCUUGACGCUUUGUGAAUCGCCAUCACACGCCGUUUCCCAGCGGGACUUUGAGUGGCUCGAUCGCUGGCAGCCACCACGCUACCUGACUGCACGG